AUGAAUCCAUUAAUCGCACGGUUGCAGCAAACUCAUUGUGUUUCGGUAAAUGACUAUCAAGAUAGCACUAGCAAAUCUGGUGCCCAAGAUCUGGUCGUCACACCACAGAUAACCGAGCACGUUCGUGGGAUCGCUCAGAAAGCUGGUGUUAUUCGCGCCGCAAGUCAAUUUGCUGACUAUUUAUCGCCGAGAGACGAGUCUGUGUCACCCUCAUCUCACUGUUUGAAUGAACGAGGUUGUCAGGUUUUAGAUACACUGACCAAACACUUGUCCAGCAAUGUGAUGAAAGACUGUCCAGCAAGUGAACUUGGUGAAUGA